AUGGUGACUGAGUUCAGAAAGUUGUGCCCCUUGGCAUUUAAGGGUACCUCUGCAAACCCUAUUGUAGCAGAGGGAUGGCUUAGGGAACUGGAGAAGAACUUCGAGUUACUUCAGUGUUCGGAUGAGCAGAAGGUGGCAUGUGCCACCUACAUGUUGCAAGGAGAGGCUGACUUGUGGUGGCAGACCACAAAGCGUGUUCUGGAGGGUGUUACUUGGGCCCAGUUCUUAGAGCUAUUUCGAGAGAAGUAUUUUCCUAUUACUGUUCAGCGAGCAAAGGCAGCAGAGUUCAUUAAGUUGCAGCAAGGAAGCAUGACAGUGAUAGAAUAUGAGAAGAAAUUUGAGGAGUUAUCUCGUUAUGCACCACACCUUGUGGCCACGGAUGUUGACAAGGUAAGAUUAUUUGAGAGUGGCCUUAAUGAUGGAAUUCAGAGAAUGGUGACAGCUUUGGAGCUUAACACAUAUGCUGAAGCUGUGAGGAGAGCCCUGUUAUAUGAAGGGCCAGCAAAAGGAACCUAG